AUGAAUGUCGCACCAAACUCAAGAAAUUGUAAAAUGUUUUAUUAUUGUAUUAUUGUAAACGAACUAAAUAGCACUAACACUUAUACAUUGAGUCCUUCUGUUGAAAAUAAGUUGAUUACUGAUCACAUCACUGAAGUUUCUAAUUUAAAAGUUCGUAUAGACGAUCACCAAAUUAAACUACCGACCAUGUAUUGGAUUCCUAAAUUGCAUAAACAGCCAUAUAAAGCUCGCUUCAUCGCUAAUUCAAGCUCUUGUACAACUACAAAUAUUUCAAAACUAUUAACAUCAUGUCUAACUGCUGUGAAAGCCCACGUGGAAAGAUACUGCGAUAAAGUAUACGAGAACUCUGGUAAACACUUAUUUUGGUCGAUUAAAAAUUCUGGUGAAAUCCUGGAUAAGUUGAAAAUUAAUAAUUACAAGGUAUCUACAGUCAGUACAUACGAUUUUUCUACUUUGUAUACCACUUUACCACAUAACUUAAUAAAUGACAAAUUAACUGCCCUAAUUCAAAAGACUUUUGCCAGAGAGAAUGCUACAUUUAUUGCUUGCAAUUUUGAUAAAGCUUUUUUUACUAACAAUAUUAUUAAACAUUAUACAAUGUGGACCUGUGACGAAGUUUGUAAAGCCCUUUCCUUUUUAUUGGACAACAUCAGGUUUGGGAAUGCAGUUUUUAGACAAGUUGUUGGUAUUCCCAUGGGAACAAAUUGUGCACCCCUUGUCGCAGAUUUGUUUUUAUAUUGUUAUGAAAGAGACUUUAUGUUGAGCCUCUCUCCAGAUACGCAGGCAGAUAUUAUAACGGCAUUUAAUAAUACAUCACGCUAUCUAGAUGAUAUUCUUAAUAUGGAUAAUCCGUUUUUUGGUCAGUUGGUGGGUACUAUUUAUCCUAGGGAGCUUCAGUUAAUUAAAACUAACAAUUCGGAUACUGAUGCUUCAUUUUUAGAUUUACAUCUCUCUAUUUAUGACAAUUUUAUACAUACCAAAAUUUAUGACAAGAGGGAUGAUUUUAAUUUUAGUAUUGUAAAUUUUCCCCAUUUGGAUGGGGAUGUACCUCAGGCUACAUCUUACGGGGUAUAUAUUUCUCAAUUAAUUCGGUUUGCCAGAGCGUGUAGUCAUGUCAAGCAUUUCAAUGAACGUAAUCAAUAUAUUACAGGUAAACUUCUUCAGCAAGGCUACCGUUAUUACAAAUUGCGUAAAUAUUUUGCUUAAUUUUAUUAUCGUAAUUCUGAUUUAGUUUUAAAAUUCAAUAGUAAUUUAAAGACACUUCUGCGAGAAGGUAUUUUUUAAACCCGUUUUUAUGGGGAUGUGGUUUACAAACUUCGUAAGAUCUUGGGUCACGGUAAUUUUCCAAAUGUAUUUGGAAAGAUUAUCAAACGUUUUAUUAAAAGAGGUUACGACCCAACUGUUUUGAGACAUACCGCAUGUUUAGUGUUCAACCCGUUUACAGUUGGACACUACGCUUCCCUCUUUGAUUGCGGCUGACGGAAGAGGGGGAGGACUCUAUGAUAAGCAGUUUUUAAAUCCUACCAGGACUGAACUGUUUUGAUAUUUGUCUUCUGGCCUGUUUCGUCGGGCCCUUAAGGGUGUUUCUCUUGUUGCUCUGUCUUCUGAAAAGGCAUUGAGUACAUACGUUUUUGGUUCUUAAGGUUUGUUUUUUAUAUAUUUAUACACGAGCAUUUUUGUAUUUUACAUGCCAUGCCUUUUUGUUUCCAUUACGUGUGUACGAGAUUCACCUGGAGGGGAUUACUUUUAUUUACACUGUCCCAUGUCUUUGGAACAUGGUGGGGGUAAGAGUGAGGUUAGGUGCACCAUAAACCGGUUUAAGCUCCCCAGUGGUGUUUUUGCCACUGACCGUUCCAAGGCGGUGCCCCACUGUGUUCCUUUGUUUGUUCGUUUCGUCUUAUGUGUUGGCUUUGUGAGCGUGUGUGUUGUUCGUUUUGUCCUUAUGUGUUGGCUUUGUGUGUGUGUGUGUGUGUGUGUGUGUGUGUGUAUGUGUGUGUGGUGCACGCGUCUGCGUGCUGGGGGUUUCGUUUUGAGGAGGCUACGUUUUUGGUGCGUGACAUUCCCUGUUUGAUAUUUUUCUUUGUUUUUUUUCCUGUUAAUUUUAUUCUUAUCUUUAUAACUAAGCUUGCUAUGUGUGUAAUCAGAUGUUUUUCAUUUUGCAUUUUUCACGCUCUGAACAACCUUACAAUCAUCAAAGAAAUUAUGCCAUUAAGUCUGUUAUUAUUUUGAUUAUUUUCCUGUCUACGUAAAUAUGUAAUUAUGUUUACUGUAUUAUACAAAAAUGUUGUUUGCUACAUAUUUGUUUUUUGUGUAAUUAUUCUAUUAGGUAUUUUUUCUUAAAGUUGAACAUCAACAAAACAAUAAUAGUCUAAGAAAUUAAUUAAAUUAAAACGGAUAUUAUUUGUUUUGUUUAUGACUGUUUUUAAUUCUUAAAUUCAUUUUAGGGAACCAUUUUCAUGAUAUUAAAUUUCACUUCCUUCUAUUGCUAUUUCUCAAUGACUGAUGUGCAUUUUGAAUAAAUGAAGGAAUUCUAAUGUUUCAUUUAAACUGUGAGACCAUUGUUUCAUACUGUUACUAUUUCAUAAAUAAUUAAAUCAAGCCUAGACGUAUACAGCAUUAAGGGAGGCAAGUACUUAUGACAUUUUCAAAAGGUUUUGUUAGGGUUAAAAAUUAAAAUUCUUUAAUUGACUGUUAAAAUCAAUGAGAGCUUAAGGUACAAGCCUUCGAGUAAAUAUUUCUGGGCUAUAUGUAUGGGUUUUAGUGCAGAAAUCUGACAUGUAAGGAAGCCAUCCAUCAGUCCGAAGUAUGCUCGAUGGUUUUAUCCAGAUAUACGCCCAUACGUAUAAUAAUGCACGGUGGGGCACCAGAGUCUUUCGCGACAACUAAAAGCAUGAGUUAUAACUUAGUCUGUGUGAUAGAAACCCGUCCCAAAGAUAAUGUAACUGUUAAAAAGUUCUUGUUCAGUUUGAAUGAGGUUUCUUAACUGUGUCUCAACCGUAUUAAACCUCGUAGCACCUUAACGUAUUUUUUUCGCAAGCUACUCACAUCGUAUUGCGUGCGAAUAAAACACUGUGUUCAAACUAAACACUGAAUAAUUGUUUUCUUAAGAGUGAUUUUAUAUUGAUAUUAUUUGAUGUAAUUACUGGACCCGUAAUGACAUUCGACAAUUUCCGUAAGAUUAUAUAUUCCCGAUUUCGACGUUCUCUGGCUAUUUGUACUUAUGAACUAACAUAAAAUAAUUCGUUACGGGUCCUUUACUUAGGGAGAGUGUGUACGAAUAUAUUUUUCAAUCAUGGAAAGCGUUAUUUUAAACAUAAAUUGCCGGAUUUCGUUACGAGUCCUUAACUUAAAGACAAUUUGUAUGGAUAUGUACAAAAACUUUCUGUAAAAGAAUACCAAAGUUCUUGUUUUUGUAGUUUAGGAUCUAUAUCUGUAUGCUACGAUAACGAGUAUUUGUGAUGUUGAAGCUAUAUGGAUGAAAACAUAUUCUUUUCGUCUGUAAAGAGCAUUGAUGUACUCAAUUUAAGCCAUAGCCUGUUGGCGGCAAGUGAUUCUGCCUUUGCGACCAGUUCAGACCAACUCAGCCUGCACAUCCGUGCAGUCUGAUCAUGGUCUGCACUGUUCGCCAUUCAAUUAGUAUCGUUUUGAUAAGCACCUCUUUAUUUUCGUUAAUGGUAUUGUCUGAAUUGAAAGAUGGACUUGUUCAUUGUAGAAAGUUAGCACGCUUAGGGUUAAUUAUAUCAAAUAUCAUUCUGCCAGUUAUAAGAAAAUUUGAACAAGAGAUGUUUGAUCCAUGGUUUAUGUACAUAAAUAUUAUCUCAACCAUUAUCCGUUUUUGUUUUGAAUUUUAAUGGUUACUAUUCAUUCGUCGCAACACAUCAUGUGGUCGUUGUGAGAGUUGUAGUAGUUGUACUGUGUUCUCAAACGCAGAA